UUUAGGGUAAGGAUUAACUGCUUUGCUCUUUGCAAAAUCAAGGGUUUUGGUGACUGUGAUAAAAAUGUCUCACACAUUUCCGGAGAUUUACAAAGAAAAAUAUCAAGCAUAUUUACAUGCAAACAUUAGUCAAGAUAAUUAAUAAUUAAUCACAGUAUUUGAAGCCUGCCUUAUAUUAAACCCUGGUUCUGUGAAAUGCUUCCUUUUUCCUUGUGCUUGUGUAGCUUUUUCUUACGUAACCCACUCUAAUAUGCUUAUGAAAGAGGUCAAAGCUUCUCUGUGAUGAAACCACCGCUUGUUUAACAGCAUAAAACGGUGACAGUACUAACAGUACACCACGAUGAGCCAUAUAAAGAACUAAUAGCUAAUCAAUCAACUUACUGAACUUAAUGAAGUGAUAAAACUCCAAAGAUUUUUUUUUGAGAAACAAAUCAGCAUUUAUUUGGGGUUUCUUGUCAUUUGAACUUUAUACAUGUAAUGUGCCAUAUUCACUAGUGAAAGAACAGAACGUCUCUGAAGCUGGAGUUUGGACUCAAAUAUCUGGUGGAUUAUCUUGAACAGAAAGUGGUUGAGGACAGCUGUUGCCACUGUCAAUAUUAGGUAAGCAAAUUAAGGAACUAUAUCCAAUUGAAAGCUGAAUGUAUAAUAACCUUCACUGAUUAAAUCCUUUAAACAAAUCUUGCUGCAAUUUUUUGUUUAAGUUUGAUUUAUAUUUAUAUUAUUGAAACAUGUCUGUUUAUGUCUGUUUUUGCAUUGUAGAAGCCAUGCCCAGUUUCUGUGGUAUAAUUAUACUUUUUUUACAUCUGAUCCUAUUUACAUCACAUUGUGAUGGGGGAAACAUUCUGGUGUUUCCUGUGGAUGGCAGCCACUGGAUCAAUAUGAAGAUACUGCUAGAAGAACUUCAUGCCAGGGGACACAACAUCACUGUGAUCAGGGCUUCUACCAGCUGGUACAUUCCUGAAAAGUCCACCCUCUACACAACCAUCACAAUUGAAUUGGACGUAGGUUUAGAGAACUUUUUUGAUAUAUACCUACAAGAGCAAAUGACGGCACAGCGAGAAGGGGUUUCGCUGAUGACUUUCUUUAAACUCACCAAGGAUUUCCUUUCUAUGAUUACUCAAGCCCAUUUGCUGUGGUGUGAUGCAACAACUCAGAUUUUUCAGAAUCAGAAUUUGGUCAAAAGCUUAAACGAUUCCCAAUAUGAUUUGAUCCUUGCUGAUCCAGCCAUGGGUCCAGGGGCUGUGAUAGCUAAAUAUCUUAAACUGCCAUUGGUCCUUAAUGUCCGCUGGAUAACUAGUGGAGAAGGCCACUUUGUGUUGGCACCUUCACCCCUCUCUUACAUCCCAGUGCCUGGUUCUGGCUUAACAGACAAAAUGGAUUUCACCCAGAGGGUCAAAAACUUGUUUUUCUAUAGCAUAAUCUUGUUCCAGGAAAGGUUUCUUGUGGGACCUAUCUAUGCUGAUAUGUGCAAGAAAUAUUUCGAGGGUGGUUGCGACAUUGUCUCAAUGCUUCAAGAUGCUGACAUUUGGCUGUUCAGGUCCGAUUUUGUGUUUGAAUUCCCUCGGCCAACAAUGCCAAAUGUUGUCUACAUUGGAGGGUUCCAGUGUAAGCCUUCACAACCUCUACCAACUGACCUGGAGAAGUUUGUUCAAAGUGCUGGAGAGCAUGGAGUCAUCAUCAUGACUCUGGGAACUUUGGUCAAUGCUUUACCCAAAGCCGUUGCUGAUGAAAUUGCAAGUGUUUUUGCCAAGAUGCCCCAAAAGGUGAUUUGGAGGCACAAAGGGGAGAGACCCUCCACUCUGGGCAACAACACUUUAAUAUUGGACUGGAUGCCACAGAAGGAUCUCCUUGGCCACCCACAAAUAAAAGUCUUUGUAGCUCAUGGAGGAACCAACGGAGUCCAGGAGGCCAUUUACUAUGGAGUUCCUGUUCUAGGGAUACCCUUGUUCUUUGAUCAGUAUGACAACCUUCUACGUUUGCAGGAGAGAGGCGGUGCAAAGAUCAUUCAGCUAGCUGAUGUUAAUGGUCACACUUUUGAGGAAGGUAUUAAGGAAAUACUCUAUAAAGACAGUUACAGACAGAAUAUGCAAAGACUGUCAAGCUUACACAGAGAUCAGCCAUUGCCACCCAUGGAUCAGGCCGUUUUCUGGAUAGAAUACGUGAUACGCCACAAAGGGGCACCUCACCUGCGCACAGAGGCUUAUAGGAUGCCUUGGUAUUCAUACUGGUGUUUAGAUGUACUAAUCUUCUUGGUGACAGCAGUAACUGUCCUCCUCUUCUCUGCUUUUGCUUUUAUAAGAUUUCUCUGCUGGACAAGGAAAAAGUAAAAAACAAACUAAGUUAACUUCAGCUGACCUUGUUUAGAAAUAUAGCAAUUGUUCAAAAUUACUUGAUUUAGACAAAUGCAUAAUUCUUUUCUUCAAUGCCCCAGUGGCAAAAAACAUGAAUCAAAUGUUCUAAAUACAAUAUCAUUUAAGAAGGGUUUAGGAUUAAGAAGUUUCUCUUCACCAGUGUUAACUGUUUAGUACCUUUGGUUUAACCUGUUAAGCCCUAAGGGGUUUUAGAACAAUUUCUGCCUGAAAUUACAUACUCUAAAUAAAUCAAGUAUAGCUACACAGUUAUAAAGCCUACAUGCAAACAUUUGGUACCUGUGUAAAGGUAAGAAAUAAAAGAACAUUUUUCCAGUGGAACCACUAUUGUAACUGUUACUAUGUCUGAUUUAAUUGUGAUUAAACAAAGAAAAAAUACAAAAUUUUGAGUCUCA